CUCUCUCUCUCUCUCUCUCUACAUUUCCCAUUGCAAACCCCAAAUUCUCAACUAUUCAAGCUCUAGAGUGAGAAUCAAGCAUAAAGCCGCCAUUGACGAAGGCUCUGUCUCAACCGUUUUCUGGAGAGAGAAAGAAGAAAACUCACAGAAAUUAUGAAGGGAGGAAAAGGAGAGAAGAAUGAAGAAGCUAUCGAAUAUCAUGUGCUCCAUAAACUUCCUUCUGGUGAUAGUCCGUAUGUCAGAGCCAAACAUCUCCAGCUGGUGGAAAAGGAUCCAGAUGGAGCGAUAAUUUUGUUCUGGAAAGCUAUUAAUGCCGGUGAUCGAGUUGAUAGUGCCCUAAAAGACAUGGCAGUCGUUAUGAAACAACAGGAUAGAGCUGAAGAAGCAAUUGAAGUCAUUAGAUCCUUCAGGGAACGUUGCUCCAAUCAAGCCCAAGAAUCACUAGACAAUGUCCUAAUCGACUUAUACAAGAAAUGUGGUAAAUUAGAGGAGCAAAUCGAACUGCUAAAGCAGAAGCUUCGGAUGAUCUAUGAAGGAGAAGCAUUCAACGGAAAACCCACAAAGACAGCGCGCUCCCAUGGAAGGAAAUUCCAAGUUACGGUCAAGCAAGAGACAUCAAGGAUACUGGGUAAUUUAGGGUGGGCAUACUUGCAGCUAAAGAAGUUUGCAGUGGCGGAAGCUGUAUAUCGUAAAGCUCAAGAGAUCGACCCAGAUGCUAACAAGGCCUGCAAUUUGUGCCUGUGCCUAGUGAAACAAGGUCGAUAUUCAGAGGCCAACACGGUUCUUGCAGAUGUAUUGGAAGGUAAACUUUUGGGGUCCAACGACCCCAAGUUAAUUAGCAGGGCGAAGGAGCUCGUUGAGGAGCUAGAGCCAUGGCAGUUGGCCCUGGUGCACCCAAGUCCUAGCCAGGGGUUGGUAACUUUGGAGGAUGCUUUCGUUGAGGGGCUUGACCAGUUAAUAAACCAAUGGACUCCAUUCAGAUCAAGAAGACUCCCUGUAUUUGAAGAGAUAUCAACAUAUAGAGAUCAACUAGCCUGUUGAUCAGUUUUGAUGGUAUGCUUGUGAGCCAAUAAUUCAUAGUUGUUGAGACGAACGGGCAUAUAUACAUAUAUAUACAUCUAUAUAUACAGGGAGAGAGGAAGGAUCAAAUGAAAACAUAAUCAAGAACAAGAGAACCAGAAAACGGUCAAAUCACAUGUAAUUUUACAUGAAUGGUCGACCUGGCCCACGACAUUAAGUCACUGUCAAAUCGCUGUGAUUUUAGUAGUGUAAAAUCACGUCAUUCGACCGUUUCCAUGUUCUCUUAUUUGGUGGUUGUUCAGGUAUAUGACGUGACUGUAUAUAUAGCAAUAAUGGACCAAUUUUUAUCGUGUGUACCAUAUAGAUUAGAGAGAGUUUGUAUGUAUAUCAAGUGUAAACUGGCAAAGGAAGAGGCCAUUAUUGUAUGUAAACUACCAAUCCCCUUUGAAAGAUAGUACCUAUUGCAUCCCAUCAUGACCAAAUACAUAUCUAACGACAAUUCAAUGUCUCUUUCAAA